GGGAUCCAUCAGUCCACUCAGGUUGGUGAAAUUAAUCUCUUUUUACUCUCAAACACACAUAAAAAAAAAAAAAACACGCACACACACACACAAACUCCUAAACACUUUUUUUCCCUCUUCUGUUGUAGACACCUUUGGGUGGUGUUUUUCUUUUUUUCCUUGUAACUUCAACAGCAAAACACUUUCUUUUUCUCAUACUUCUUCUUCACCUUUCAGUUUCAGCAUCUGUCACGAACUUUCUCUUUUAUCAACUUCUUCCUUAUAUUGGUCCCUAGAAUCUUCAUCAACUAUAGUUUCUUUUCUUUAAAUUCUUUUUUUAUUUUAAUAGUAUUAGCUCCUCUCGCUUUAUUCAUCACGUCAUGAUCAAGAUGAAUACGACCUCGAAACAGUUAUCAUUAAAGCACACUUGGUUUCUGUCAGGAUAAUAAGAUGGCAAAACAAUGGAAAACAACGCUAAUAACAAGUGUAUAUAUGUUGUAGUACCAUAUAACAACGUUGACAGUUAUCCUUCUUCUUCUCCCCUAUCGUUUUCACCAUCUUGUAAUUGCUCCCCUUCUUCAGGCAGUUGUUCUUCUUCAAUGGGAGUGAUCUUUGCAGAAAUGGGUUCUUUAUCCAUUAGUCCCAACAACAACCACCACCAUGGAGGAGGAGGAGGAGGGGUAACUUCUUCUUCUUCUUCUUCACAAGAGAGCUCCUUUUGGGGUUUUCCUUUCUCUGGGAGGAAGUUCCGGCGGCCGGAGGAUCAAGAAGAAGAAGCUGAUCAUCAUCAUCAGAACAGUAUUGAUUUGGGAGAAGAAGGGAAAGAUUCAUCAGAAUGCAGUGGUGGUGGAUUUGGGAUUGAAGCCAUUGAUCUUAAUGCCAGUUGUUUAUUAAGUGCUGAAGAAAAACCUGCAGCUAAUAUUAAUUAUGAGAAUAAUAAUAAUAACAAUAACAGUUCCUCCAAGGUCGACAGAGAUUGUGGCCAAUCAAAGCUGUGUGCCAGGGGACAUUGGAGGCCUGCGGAAGACACAAAGCUUAGAGAACUCGUAGCCCUUUACGGCCCUCAAAACUGGAAUCUCAUUGCUGAAAAAUUAGAAGGAAGAUCAGGGAAAAGUUGCAGAUUGAGAUGGUUUAACCAGCUGGAUCCGAGGAUAAACAGAAGGGCAUUCAGUGAAGAAGAAGAGGAGAGACUAAUGGCGGCACACAGGUUGUAUGGGAAUAAGUGGGCAAUGAUUGCGAGGCUAUUCCCAGGAAGAACAGAUAAUGCAGUGAAGAAUCAUUGGCAUGUGGUAAUGGCUCGGAAAUAUAGAGAGCAAUCCAGUGCUUUCAGAAGGAGGAAGAUGGGUCAGUUCGUGUGUAGAAGAGUUGUAUCAGAUCAUCAUCAUCCUCAUCAUCAUGACCCGAAUAGUAUUGUUAGUGCCACCGUCAAAACUGAACCAAUAACUUCGUCAGCAUCACCGCCGGCUGUGGCGUUUGGUGGUGGUUUUAGUGGUGGCGGAGGGAUGAUUAGCGGCGGCAGAAAUGGUGGUGGCGGUGCGGAAGCGGUUGUAUCAAGCUGUGGCGGCAGUGCAUCAUGUUACUCCCCACAAACAUCUUGUGAUCUCUUUCCUGGUUUGUGUCUUUCUUUUACUUUUGUUUUCUAUUGAUUUAUAUAACGGUUUGUAUGUUUGCUUUCUUCGUGACAGGGAUUUCUGAAUGCAUUUUGUGGACUGUUUUUCUGUGUGUUUGUUUCUCUCCUUCUUUUGCUUUCUUUUUUCACAUUGCUUUUGCUUCUCACAAUUAAAGCUUUGAAAGGGUGUAACUAACUGAUCAGUUAAAGAGAGUGAGAAAAAGGUGUAACUCAUAUUUUAUUUUGGUUCCCUUUGUUAUUCAUCAUUCUAAAAAAAAAUUCUAUACUUCGGAGUUCGCACCUUACUUACGAAUGCAAUUUGUUAAUCGUUGUUAUUAAUCAAAAUAAUUCAUUUUAUUAUACAAUUUUCUCAGCUUAAGUGGACUAGUAUAUAUAAUAACAAAGUGGAGUAUUAAACUGCAAGGACGUUUUCAAUCUAUCCUCCCCAUUGUUAACAAUCACUUUUGACCCUUGGAAUGGAUACUUAUCCAACAGAUCAAUAUUAUUAUUCACUUGUCAUUGUUUGAGCAUAACCUUAUUUUCCCUCAAAAAAUGCACUCUUGUCAUUAUUCUUUUCUUGAUUUUUACACCAAGAGUUUGUUUUGAACCAAAAUUUGUUGUUUUGUUGGCAGGUAGCUGCAGCAAUGGGAUGAUGAGCACUUUCAAUCAGCACAACAGACAUUGGGAAAUGCCAAGGAGAGAUGAUCUUCAUGAAUCCAACAUUUCCUAUCUUUAUAAUCAGCAGCUUCCCUUAAUGAAUGCAAUUCAACAACAGUCACACAGCAGCCAGUACUACUACUACCAUCAUCAUCCACCUAAUAACAUCAACACCACCACCAGCUGCUUCCCUUGUGAUUAUAACCACAAUAGUACAUUAUUUCCUGAAGCAGUUUCAUCAGGCAGCAGCACUGUCUUUGCAUCAUCAUCAUCAUCAUCUUCUGCGCUCAAGGAUGACAGAUUAACCAACCAACAUGACACCAUCUCACCACCACCAUUUAUAGACUUCCUUGGGGUUGGAGCCACAUGAAAAUAGUUUUUCAUGAGUAGUAGUAUUAGAGAGGCAGCAGGCAAUUUUUUUCCUUUUUUUUUUUUUUUUUUGGUUUGUGAGUCAAACAAGUAACAGUGGAAGUUCUUUCUUUUAGUUGUUGGAACAGUGAAACAUCAAAGCCUAUCUUUCAGAGUCAUCAUCAUUCAUCAGUCAUUACCCCUCAGCAAUGUAUUUUAUAUAGAUGUUUCCCCUCUCCCAAUUAAUUGUAGCCUCUUUUUAAGUUGUUUUAACUCCCGCUAAAUAUUCUUCACAUGAUGAGGAACCCGUAUAAUAUUUUGUGACACAAAUUAAGGUUCUUUCACUUUCCAUUUCUCUCUUUUUAACUUUCCACAUUUUUUAGUUCUUUUGCAUGAAAGUGGACAAAGACUGAAGAACAAUUGUGUAAUGAGGUAUCUUAGUACGUUCUAUAUAUGUACAUAUAAUCACUUAUCAUUAAAGUGUAGUAUCACAAUGGCACAAGUGAGUAUGUAAUCUUAUCUUUUUUUUAUGUUCCAAC